UGAUCGUCGACUGCGCAAACUCGCUGCUCAGACUCGCAAAUUGAAGCCUCCGGAGAAGUGCGGCCUCCCCGUAUUCUUUCGCCAGCGACUCCCCGUUUGAUCCCACGCACCACGGCCUGGCUUGUGCGGCCUUCACUACGACGCGGCGCAGGCCAAUCGUCCGAUCCAAAGGUGGUGUUAGAUGACGGCGAAAGCACGCCCGUCUCCACGCACAAGUGGCGCUUCUCAUGAAUCCCAGGGCCACCGCUGAACAAGCUGCACAGAGAAAGAAGCUCGCAAACUCGUACAAGCAGCUUCUCGAUGAAUUCGCGGCGGCAGACCUCAAGAGCGUCGGCAACUACACGCUCGGCAAGCUGAUCGGCAAAGGCAGCUUUGGGAAAGUCUACUUGGCCUCGCACAAGCUCAGCAAUGGCUCCAAGGUCGUGCUCAAGUCGGCAAAGAAAGAAGACGCCAACCUCGCGCGCGAGAUCCACCACCACCGCCAGUUCAUCCACCCGCACAUCGCGCGCCUGUACGAGGUCAUAGUCACCGAGGAGCUGGUCUGGCUGGUCCUCGAGUACUGCCCCGGCGACGAGCUCUACAACUAUCUCCUGCAAAAGGGCGCCCUCGAGCCCGCCAAAGUCCAGCGCAUAUUCACCCAGCUCGUCGGCGCAGUUUCCUAUGUUCACAACAAGUCCUGCGUCCACCGCGACCUGAAGCUCGAGAACAUCCUGUUGGAUAAACAUGGCGAUGUGAAGUUGGUUGAUUUCGGGUUCACGCGCGAGUAUGAGGGGAAAAGCAACUAUCUGCAGACUUGGUGUGGGACGGUGUGCUACAGCGCGCCGGAGAUGCUGAAGGGCGAGAAGUACGCGGGCGAGAAAGUCGACGUGUGGAGUCUGGGUAUCAUUCUUUACGCGCUGCUGGUGGGCGAAUUGCCGUUUGACGACGACGACGAGAUGGUCACGAAGAUGAAGAUACUGAAAGAGGAGCCCAAGUACCCGGACAGCUUUCCACCGCAGGCAAGGGAGCUGUGCCAGUCGCUGCUCUCGAAACGACCUAUCCUGCGACCGACGCUGGCUGAUAUACUUCAGAACCCCUGGCUGUCGGAGUAUGCGCCGCGCCAGCAGGAGACGUUGAAGCUGCAACAGCCUGCGCCUUUCUCGACGGAGCUGGAGAAGGAGGUGCUGCAACGCAUGCGAGCUGCCGGAGUCGACAUCGACUUGGUUAUAGAAAACGUCCUGGCGCAGCGCUGCGACUCGUUGGCAGGAUGGUGGGCAUUACUGCUAGAGAAGGAGGAACGCAAAGCUAAGAGAAGAGAGCGCAAACGCAAGGAGCGUGAGGCUGAGGCAAAGAGCUUGAGGAGACUGAGUGCGGCUAGCAGUCGCCUUGACAAACUUGCGCCAACUAUCAGAGAGACAGAUGAGGAAGGUCAGCAUUACCCAUUCCUUGGAGAUCCGCCCAAGAGUCGGGGGAGGUCGAUCAACCGGCGGAGUACGCAUGGUAAAUAUGUGAGCUUGCCGACCGGUGUGCCUGUGUUAACGAGUGUCCCAGGUGCUCCUCCUGUUCCAGACCUGCCAGAUCUCCCAGAGUCAAGCUCCAGUCCAAACUUCGUCGUCGAGCAACCUCCAACGCCCAUCGACAGAGGCUACGCGCGACAAUCAAACUCAUCUUCUCGUCCCCCACUGCCAGCAAAGGAUCUCGACAGACACAAGAGGAGAUCACACAACAGCAUGUUACAAGUCGUGGGCAGCAAUCCCGACCUCCUCCAUCCCAAUGGCUUUGUGCCCAAGCGCCGCCAAAAACAACCGUUCAUCAACCACCUUCUCUCCCUCCGAAACUGGAUCAAGGAAACCUCAAAACGCGCGCGCUCCCCAAACUCCAAAGCCAGCAGCGAAAAAUCCCCCAAAAUCCCCGAAAGCACACGUUCCCAAGGCGACUCGCGCAGCGGCCGACGCACCAGCAACGCAAACCGCAGCUCGGUCUACACACACCCGCCCCCAUCAACGCACAACGUGCCGCUCCGCCCACGCGUCACAACGCACGGCUCGGGCUCGAUCCGCAGACUCUCCGCCUCGCCCGCGCCGCUGACACCACGCUCGUCCUACCGGCGCUCAUCCGGCGGCCUGCGCGGCCGCAAGUCGACGAGCAGCUCGGUGAGCAGUAUAAGGAGUAUGCCGCACCACCACCACACGCACAGCAAGGCGUCGUCGACGAGCAGUGCGUCGAUUGUGAGUCCGAGCGUGUCGACUGUGAGCGGGCACAUCAGCAGUCAUAAGACGAAGAGUGCGCACAACAGCAUCAAAGUCCUCCCUGCAACACCCACAUCCUCCACCUUCCCCUCUAACAUCCGACUCGUCCGCGCCGGCGCGCCCUCGAUCGGUAUUUCCACGCUGAACGAAGGCGGUGCAGCGUUCGGCACCGCACCGCCUCCCUCGCCCGGCAUCAUGUUCGCCAAGCGCAAACGCUCGCCCUUCAAAGGCCCCAACAUAGGAACUGGAAACACAACCAACCCGUGGCGCAGCAGAAGCGGUGGCGAGGCGGGGAGCAGGGGUGCGAGUGUUCAGGGUCGGCGCAGCGGCGAGAUCAUAGGUAUCACAGAAGAAGAAGAGGAGGAGGAGGAGGAGGAAGAAGAGAUCGAAGAAGUCGACGACUUCAGUCCCGGGCUCAAGCCGGGCGAGUUCAUUGUCGAUGUUAAUGAUGACGCGGAGGAGAGGUCGCCGCCUCCGCCUCCCAAAGCGUAGGAGGAGGACGGGAGGGUGUACUUGUUGGUUUGACGGCAUUCUCGGUGUUUUCUCGUAGAACAGUGCGGGUUGACGCUUUUCUGCUUGUUGUGCUUGUUGUUCUUCUUGGGUACAAAACGCCCGCCAUGUCUUACAUAUUGCCCUUUUCUUUUUUUUGGUUUACUUUUUGCUACGGUUGCCUUUUUUCUUCUUCCUCUUCUUCCUCUUCUUCCUCUUCUUCCUCUUCUUCUUCUUCUUCUCCGCGCUUAGAUUGCCCUCUGUAUUUCGUUUCGUUGCGACUAGAUACCUCGCCUAUUGUUACCCCCCGUUUGUCGAG